AUGAAUCUCAACAGUACAGCACCAUCAUAUCCAAUAUUAACAACAAAAAAGACUUUAUUAUAAUAUGAUGUAUAUAACAUAAACACAACCUCUGACAUUAUAACAUUAUGGUUUUUUUUUUGUACCUCAAUUAAUGAGCACGAGUUCAUUAAAGAAAGCAUGGUAAAAUGAACGGUAACUCCCUCAAGCAAGACAAGCCGGGAUACGCCUGGUGCCAAACUACGCGAACCCCCGCCGUUAAACCCCGCCCACUCAGUCAACCGCCAACACUGAGCAGAGGCGGCUAGCCGUUUGUUAGCUUCUGAUCACAGGAGUCCACACCGAGCUCCGUCUUCCUGUCCCCGUAAACAUCAAACUGUCUCAACCUGGAGGACAGACUUUAACUCCAGGAUGUGCUCCGUGGUCGGGUGUUACUCGGGUCGUCUCGGUGCUCAGCGGUUCAGGCUACCGGAGGACCCGGAGAGGAGGCUGGAGUGGGUUCAGUUCCUCCUGGAAGUCAACGAGCAGCGACUCAGAGAAUCCUCCUGGACUGACAUCACCGUCUGUAGACAUCACUUCACCGAGGACUGCUUCGUUAACCUGACUCCGACCGGCCCGGUCCAGCUCAGGUCCGGUGCUGUCCCUUCAGUGUGUGUCAAGACAGAACCAGACGAACCGGAACCGGGUCAGGAAUAUGAAGAAACCACAGAAAUUACUUUUCAAUAUGACGAAUUUAAAUCGUGUGGUAGUCCAUCUUCCUAUUCUGGAGAAUCAGGACUAACUUCAACAGCUGCCCAAGAAAGCCCAGCGCCAAGUGACGGUUCAGAUGGUUUCAUGUCAGAUUAUGGUCAGAUGCUUCAAAAAGUUGAGAACAUUGAUAUGAUCAGGAAAAAAGCCGCACUUCUGCAGAUGAAAGGGAAGUACGUUGUGAACGAAAAACGUCUCCUCCAGUUGUUCAGCCACAAGUGCCCGAAAUGUGGCUCUAAAGUAAAGACGGAGAAGGUCACCUGUGGGGUGCUCCUCGUCUUGAACCAACAGUGCCUUCAGUGUGACUACAGAAACCAGUGGAAAAGCCAACGCAACGCCAGUGUCCCAACAGAUGAAGAUCAACACCUGACAGAAGUAGUAGAAGUAGAAGUAACUCCAGAGACCCAACAGACGGCGUCAACAGAUGACAACGGCAGCUCUAUCGCAGGCAUGCCUGAGAUGGUUGCUGUUAGUGAUGACGAGAGUGAUCCCGUGGAUGAAACGGAGGAAUCAAAUAACGAAGGUGGCACGGAUUCAGACGAGGAUUGGAAUCCAGCGGGGGAGGUUUUACUGGCGGACGAGCUUCUUGAUGAAUCUGAGGAGGAAACCGACGAUGAAGAGGAAGAGGAAGAAGAAGAAGAAGAAGAUGGUGAUCUUCCACUUAAUCCCAAACACGGUCAGCUCUGCACAGAGUGUGGAAAGUUUUUCAAUAAUCAGAGGCCUCACACAUGUGAGCACAAAAUUAAACCCUAUUCUUGCAAUAUUUGCGGUAAGCGAUGUGUCACUGAGAUCGCUCUGAAUACUCACAGCAGAAUCCACGAUGAAAACUAUGAGUAUCCGUGCAAAUACUGUGAAGUUACAUUCAAAACAAAAGUGGACAAAAUUACUCACCAGCAGAUCCACCUAGCUCAAGGGAAACCCUACAAAUGUCCCGACUGUUCAGAGACAUUUGCCACAAAUAAGCAACGCAGAAUCCACCUGAAGGAUCACAGAGGCGCCGUACCGUUGAAAUGUCCCAUCUGUGGGAUUGACUUUACCUAUACCACUUCUAUUCAGAGACACAUGGCCGUGCACACAGGAGUGAAGCCGUAUAAGUGUGCAGUGUGCCAGCGUGGCUUCACCCAGGCAGGCCACCUGAAAUCCCACAUGCGUAUGCACACAGGGGAAAGGCCUUUUAAGUGUCAGCGCUGUGACAAAAGCUUCAAUCACAACGUGAGCUUGAAGAGUCACGUCCAGCGUUACCACUCAUCGAGCUCUGGACAUGAACGGAAGAAGGGUAAAAUAAACAAAACUGUAAGUGAUGCUCAGGAGAAUGGGAACAAGAGAGGCCCAGACUCUGGGCUUGACAACGUAGAGGAAGAACGUGAUAAAGAAGAGAAGGUGCAGAAGGAGAUGAAAGAUAUGCCAAAAUGUAAAAAGAGAAGCACAGGUAGACCCAUAGGAAGGCCGAAGAGAAAUUCAGCAGACGACAAAGGGGAAACACGACGCCGGCGUUCAAACACUAAGACUGCAAAACUUAAGGUGCAGAUGUUAAAGAGAACACGCUGCAGUGAUGAAGAAAGCGAGGACGAGCACGUGGAAAGUGACAUGUCCUUUGACCUGACUGAGGAGGAGGAAGAGGAGAAUAGUGAGAAAGUGACAUCGAGCACAAGCAGAGCAAGAAGAAAGGCAAACAAUUCUGACAGUGACUCUGAUUUUGACCCAGAAGAAAGAAAGAAAAGGAGGUACAGCAGCCAGAACAGGGGUAAAAGCUCAGGGAAGCGUAGGGGAAGACCAAGAAAGAAUCAAGUCGAUCAAGACGCUGAACAUUGAAGAAAAAAAAAGUGAGCAUUUAUUAAAAGAAAAACAAUUUAGAGUGUCCUACAGAAGUGGACUGUUUUCCAUGACAUAUUUGAACAUUUGAAGAGAAACUAAACAUGCUCACUUAGGCUCGGGUCCUUUCAAACUUCAUUAAGACAUGAUGUCACUUUGAUUUCAAGCUGCGUUUGAGUGCUGUUCACUGUUGUAUAUACUAUGGAAUCAAACUGAAUACAUUAGAUCAAAGGGGAAUAAUGGACAUUUUUUUAAAAAUUAUAUUUUGGAGGCCUUAUGACAUGAUGGCAAAAAUACUGCAGCUUGCUCACGUAAGCGCAUAUUGUGAAGGUGCGCCAGGAAACCACAAGGUGGCAGCGUUAUCGCGGUAAACAGUAACGGCCUGUCAGUGGCAAUAUGAGUGGAGUGUUGAAUUUCAACAACAUUUGCAAUAUAAAUAAACAAGCUGUCACUUUCUGAAUCUAUUUUAUGUUGACAAGAAACACUUAGAAGACCGGGAAACUGUGUCAUACCAUAUUGCCACUGACAGGCCGUUACUGUUUACCUUGAUGACGCUGCCACCUUGUGGUUUCCAAGCGUGCCCUCGCAAUAUGCGCGUACAUGAGCAAGUUGGAGUAUUUUUUUUCCAUCAUGUUAUACAGCCUCCAGAAUAAUAUCAAUGUUUUGAAAUUGGCCGUUGUUCCCCUUUAAACUGUGUUGCUGUUAAGUGCCUGUUUUCCUGUGUGUUGUAAAUGUUCAAUAAUUCCUGUUAUAUGCUUUAUUUGAAGACAAUACAGUGUUUUAAUUGGAAAGAAAAUGUCUCUACUUUCGGUCUUUAUAUUAUUCUGAUACUUGUGUUAUAAAUGGCAGAUUAUCAAAAUUCUAUAAAACUAAUUGUGGCAACUAAAUGGAUUGACUAGAUGGAUCAUUAAUUGUAUUACAUUUACAUCUGUGCUUUUCCUACUGUGACGUCAAGAUAUAAAUUAUUUUGUGAAGAA